CUUUUCAUCAGGCAUGAAAAGUCCUUUGGCGUGCGUUCCUGACAGCUGCCCUUUGUGUGUGGGCACGAUGUGAAGCCCCCAUUGUGGAAGGGGGAGCACACAGGGAGGGUUUGUACCUAGCUUCCAGGCUGCCAGGACGUGCAGUUUCCCUGUGAACGCAAAGCGAGCUGUCGGAGCAAGUGAGUCAGGCUGGCAGAGGGGAGGCCGGGGGUGGCAGCCCCGCUGUUGCCGGCUCAGGCCCCUGCUUCCCUCACCUCCAGAGCCACUGCUGGCCGAGAGGGGACGGAGCUCUCGGCCAAUUGGGCGCUGAUCUGAAGCGAGGGGGGGAAAUCUGCUUCUCCCCCCAACCCCCCUCCCUCCCACCUCCGCGCUGGGGCUGUGAUUCAGUUCCCCUCCCCCAGCCCACCCCCUCUGCUCGGAGGCUGACAGCCGGAGCCGCAGCCUGCCGGAGCCCCGGAGCUGUUUUCCAAGCCGCGGAAGAGAGACCCAGGGAUUUUAUCGCAGUUCCUCAGUGCCUGCUGUGUCCCGGGCCAGACGCGCACGGACAUGGAGAGUGUCAGCCUCCAGCGACCCGCCUGGAAAUGGCAAGUACUGAGUUUGUUUUUGCUCUGCGGCUGGGGCCGGGUCUCCGGGCAGAUCCACUACUCGGUGGUUGAGGAGUCAGAGGUGGGAACUGUGGUGGGGAACAUGGCCCGGGACCUGGGCUUGAAGGUGGAGGAGCUGCCGGGUCGCAGGCUGCGCCUGGGCUCCGAGGAGAGCUCGCGCCACUUCGCCGUGCGCCUGGACAGCGGCACGCUGGUGGUGAGCCAGCGGCUGGACCGGGAGCGUCUGUGCGGAGCAGCUGCCAGCUGCGUGCUGUCGGUGCAGGUGCUGACAGAGAACCCCCUGCAGCUCUUCCGCCUGGAAGUGGAGAUCCUGGAUGUCAACGACAACUCCCCGAGCUUCCCCACCGCUCAGCGCACCCUGCGCAUCGCCGAGUCUGCCACGCUGGCCGCGCGCUUCCCCCUGGAGAGUGCUCAGGACCCCGAUGUGGGCACUAAUGCUGUGAGCUCCUACAGGCUGAGCCCGAACUCCCACUUCUCCCUGGAUGUCAAGCAGCAGCCGGAUGGCAAACUCUUCCCGGAGCUGGUGCUGGAGCGUGCCCUGGACCGGGAGGAGCAGCCAGAACUGCAGCUGGUGCUGACGGCCGUGGACGGGGGAAGCCCAGCCCGCUCGGGCACGGCACAGAUAACAGUCCUGGUCCUGGAUGUCAAUGACAACGCUCCCACCUGUGACCGCACCACGUACAAGGUGCGAGUCCCGGAAAACACACCUGUGGGGGCCCUGCUCCUCCGGAUCAACGCGUCUGACCCCGACGAGGGUCCCAAUGGGGAGACACAGUACUCCUUCGGGGUUCACACCUCCGACUUGGUGCGGAGGCUCUUCUCCCUGGAUCCCCACAGUGGUGAGGUCCGGGUGAGUGGGGCCCUGGACUUUGAGGAAUCACCUUUCUAUGAGAUCUAUGUGCGAGCCCAUGACGGAGGGGUCCCAGAGAUGGAGGGCAAUUGUGUUCUGCAGGUGCAAGUGGAGGAUGCCAAUGACAACCCCCCAGAGGUGCUGCUCACCUCCCUGCUGAAUCCGGUGCCAGAAGACACCCCACCAGAGACUGUCGUGGGGCUCUUCAAUGUCCGGGACCGAGACUCAGGGGCCAAUGGGGAUGUGAGCUUGCAGAUCUCCCCUUAUGUGCCUUUUGCCAUCAGGUCCCUUCAGAACCACUUCUCCCUGGUCACCCGGGAGAGCCUGGACCGAGAGUCCACCUCACAGUACCGAGUGGUGCUGAUCGCCCGGGACGGUGGGUCUCCUGCCCUCACCACAACACUCACACUGCUCCUCAAUAUAUCUGAUGUGAAUGACAACCCCCCACGCUUCUUGCAGCCCUCCUACGAUGCCUUUCUCGAGGAGAACAACCCGCCUGGCUCCCUGCUGUGCACUGUCUCUGCCUCAGACCCUGACGAUGGGGAUAAUUCCCGGCUUGUUUACUCCAUAGUGAGUGGCCAAGUGCAGGGGUCCCCCAUCUCUUCCUUCGUCCACAUCAACCCUGACAAUGGCAACCUCUACGCUCAGAGCACCUUUGACUUCGAGCAGCUGCAGGUUCUGCCGGUCUCUGUGGCCGUGCGGGACUCGGGGUCCCCCCCACUCCAUGCCAAUGUUACUGUCUACAUCUUUGUGCUGGACCAGAAUGACCACCCCCCCACCAUCCUGCACCCUGCCAGUGACAGCGAUGUCUCGGCACCCCAGAGGGUCCCGCUGUCUGUCCCACCGGGCUCCCUGGUCACCAAGGUGACAGCGGUGGAUGCGGAUGCCGGGUACAAUGCCUGGCUCUCGUACCGGCUGUUGCCACAGUCCACCGACCCCUCCUUGUUCCACAUGUCUCUGCACACCGGGGAGGUGCGGACGGCACGUGCCUUCCAGGACACCGACAUGGCAGUGCAGCAGCUCGUCGUCCAGGUGACGGACAACGGCGACCCACCGCUCUCCACCACCGCCACCAUCACUGUGGCCCUGGAGGAGGCAGCCCCGGAGGAGAGCUACAAGCCUCGGGACUUCCUGGCUGGUGCCAAGGAGAAGCCGGACCUGACCCUCUACCUGAUCAUUGCGCUGGCAGCCGUUAGCACGGUGGCACUGGCCACUGUCACCGUCCUGGCCGCCAGGUGCCUCCGGCGCAGGGGCCGCGCCGCCGUCUCACCCUACUGCUGCUGCUGGCUCAGCGAGUCGCCCUCCCGGGACUUCUUCAAGCACUCCAGCCCCAAGCUCCAGCUCAGCUCCGACGGCACCCUCAAGUACAUGGAGGUCACGCUGCGACCCACCGACACCCAGUCCCAGUGCUACAGCACCUGCUUCUCCCAGGGCUCCGAGGGGAGCGACUUCACCUUCCUGCGGCCUUGCCCACCCUCCGCGACCUUGCCGAGGGAGCGCGGGGCUCUCCUGCCGGCCGGCGGCACGCUGCGGGAGCGCGCCCAGCAAGCUCAGCCCAACACAGACUGGCGCUUCUCUCAGACCCAGAGACCUGGAACAAGUGGCUCCCAGAAUGGAGAGGAAGCUGGAGCCUGGCCCAACAACCAGUUUGACACGGAGAUGCUCCAAGCCAUGAUCCUGGCUUCAGCAAACGAAGCUGCUGAUGGCAACUCGACCCUGGGCGGCGGGAACGGCACGAUGGGGCUGAGCGCCCGCUACGGCCCCCAGUUCACCCUGCAGCACGUCCCCGACUACCGGCAGAACGUUUACAUCCCGGGCAGCAACGCCACCCUCACCAACGCCGCCGGCAAGCGCGACGCCAAGAACGCCGCCCCCGCCGCGGGCAACAAGAAGAAAUCCGGGAAGAAGGAGAAGAAGUAGAGAAGAAGAAGAAGAAGGAGACCUUAGAGCUACAGGGCAGCCGGCUCCAGCACUCCCCCCAAAAAAAAAAAAAACCCACAGCCCAGGCCGGAGGACGAAUGUGAAUUUUUUAUUUUUUUUUUGGUUUUUAUUUUGUGAUGCAAAAGUAGGAAAUGCUGCGAAUGUAUCUCGUCAUCAUCAGGUCUGGGAGCAGGGACUCGCUGCUCUUAGACCUCGUGAUGGAAACCAAUCUGGAAGCUCAACCGAACACAAACAAGUGCCCUGUGAAUAAUGUUUUAUACGAUCCCUCGGGUAUUAGGAUAUGCAAGGGCGGAAGGUCUUUUGCCACGUCUUUGGAUCCGAUUUGCUCCCAGGUAGUCCGAGGCUUUGUGCUCGGCUUUGCCCAAUGUAAAUAAUUUUAACGUGGAUCUUUUGAUUUAUGUAGCCCUUCAAUCAUUUUUUGUUUGGAAUGGAAAAGGAAGUUCUUAGCUUAGAGCCCACGCUCCAGUUCUUCGCUCUUAAAUUUUCCAUUCAUAAAAUUCACCCCCCCCGCCCUGCCCCAGAUAAUGAUAGUGAUGGAUUUUGGAAUUUGGAAGUUGGUAGGGAGUGCUUCAGUUCCUGCUUACCUGUCACCCAGAAAAAAAAAAAAAACAACAAGUGUUUAUAUUGCAUGAAUCAAAGGGAAUAUGGCAAAGCUGCAUCCUAAACAUUUUUUUUCGUUUGUUUGGUUUUUUUUUUUAAAGUGUAACCACUAAUGGCCUGAAAUAUGAGAAAGUAAAAAGCCCUCCCGCUGUGUGAGAGGCAGGGAAUUGGAUAGGGAGCGUUGCCGAGGUGUGCGGCAGCUGCCCCGGCGGUUCUAGGGGUCUCCGAAGAGCAGACACAUCUCAAACCUUCUUUGCAGUAAAUAUUUAUAUGUACAGUCGAUGUUCUUAUGGAAUUAAGGCUAAGAGAGCCUCGCUCCCCCGCGGCCAGGCGGGUGCCCGGCCGGGUCCCCCGCCCGAGGGGACACCCGGGGACGACGCUUCACGUCUGUGCACAGUGUCUGCAUGCACGUCCCUCACCUCACACCUGCACUAGCGCAGUAGCUCCACACGGACCCGGAGAAGUCCUCGCAUGCCCACACGCAGCGUGGUGUGAACGCGCCGGCAGCCGCCCGAGCCCCCGCGCCGGGGCUGCCUCGGGGGGAAGGGGUGGGAGGGGCUGGGGUGGGUCAGGCGGGGUGGGGAAACUCCUUGCUUCUUAUUUGGGCCCCAAAAGGUAAUUUUGGGGGGAUAAGGCGGUUUUUUAUAAGGCGGUUGUUUCGGGGGGUCUCGCCCGAAGGGGCGGGAUCUGCAGAGCUGCCCGUGCAUGGCUUUGGUGCAGAGUUGGUGAUUGAGUAAGUGAUGGUUGUUUUGGUGGCGUUUGGGGACCAGAUUCAGAGAAGGGACCCAAAAGCAGGGGGUGAUGCUGCAAAACUGGGGGCAAUAACUGAGGGAAUGUCAAAUGGGACCGUGUAGGGCCAACCUGGAAGAAGUGAUGCUCCCGCUGGCUUUGGGCUUUCCACCCCACGGAGAGAAUCAAAGGAUGAGGAAUAGAGUUUCUCCACAUGCCCAUCAUCCUUGCACCAGGCCAGCUUCCCAUAGCAAAGCAGCUCUGAGCCCUCCAGGGAGGCAGAGGGGGGCUUUGUGUAGCCAGAGUGAGGAGGGGCUGUGGGGUGGCCAGGAAGGGGCCGCACCGAGUUUCCCAGGGGGUGUGUGUUGUUUUUUUCCUUUUUUAAUCACUAACACGUAACUCACCCGAGCAGAUCCAGCCCUCUCAGCCAGGCUCACCCUACCCCAGCCCCCUCCCCAAACCCAGGGCAGCAGGAGCAUCCUCCGUGUCUCAUCCGGAUCCAGCCACCUCCAGCUCUGGCUGCACUGGGAACGGUUCCCACCCUGUCCCCUGCAGCUGCCACCUGCCCCCCCUUCCCUCUAGAAAUGCUGUAGCUGAAUCGUAGUCUUUAUAUUUUCUUUUUAAUCUGCAAUCUGAGGUAGCGUAGUGAGUGUCGUGUAUUUAGUGGCGUGUUAUUUUUAAUUGCAGUAACUAACUUGUGGACAUCAGUAUUUUCAAUUUUCUCUGUAUCUUCUUUCCAUGUGGUCUGUGCUCCGAGUGUACGUGAAAUGAAAACACGUUUGCCCUUUCAAUGUGUCUAAUAUUGAAUUAUACUUAUAUAUUAUAUAUAUGCUUAUAUCCUUCUUAUACCCAUAUAGACCAAUGUCGAUGUGUUACACGCAAGUUUUAUACUCUAAUAUUUAUAUUGCUUUUUUUCUUUGGGAAAAAAAAAUAAUAAAAUGGUUUCUUCUGAAUAA